AUGAUUCGUCCGAGAUAUGGCGAUGAGGUUGGCAUGUUUUGGCAUACCAGAGAAGAAGAGUUUGGAGGUGUGCCUCGAACUAUCCUUGGUCACACGGGCGGAGAUCCAGGCGCCGUCUCCUACUUUUACAUUGACCCAGCCACUAGGACAGGCAUCUUUGUUGUGAGCAACGGAGACGGAGGCUUGGCGACUAAUGCGACCAUGGAAGCUUUGGACAAUCUACAGGCAGAACUAUUUGUUUUGGCAGACGAGUUAAAGUUGAUCGAACAACAACCAUCAUCGGGUGCAACAAAGAUGUCUUCUGUUGUAAUCCAGACGACAGUGGCCAGUCUCAUUGUAGCUUAUGGAACUUUAUUCUUGUAG